AUGGGGAGGGAGAGCGAGGGAACCGGUCUGACAGCAUCUGCCCUGGUGUCCACCAAGGAGCCAGAUCUUCCUGACAGGAGUAGAGCUGGCUCCACUUUUGGACAUGUUACGCCUGCAUCUGGCACUCGAUGGCGCCGUGUGCCCGUGGAAUAUGCCUCCACCUCGGAGGACGAGUACGGCUCGAACCGCCACAUUUCAAAACAGGGCCAGACACAGCCGUUUCUGUCGACUCGAGUGGCCCAGCUAGGAGGUUCGGCUCCAGCUACCCCCAAUCCUGCCGGCCUGACUGCCAUGAAGCAGCACUCCAGAGAGCAGGACGAGUAUAUGAGAGACUGGACAGCACACAGUGAGGAAAUAGCCAGGAUUAGCCAGGACCUUGCCAAAGACCUUGCCAUGCUCGCCAGAGAAAUCCACGAUGUGGCAGGAGAGAUCGACUCAGUCAGCCCUGCAGCCACUGAUCCAGGAGCUUUGUUGGAGGAGGGUGUUUGUGAUGACAGCUUGAACCUAGGUGGUCCCUCCGCAGAUCCUGGACCCACCGGGCGCUCUGUGGAGCUGCGGCCCAGAGGUUCUCGUGGACAAAGCUCCCGAUCCAUCCGCAGACAGACGUGGAACAGAGAUGAUGCGGUGCUAGACGGUUUAUUCCUCGCGUCUGUGACUCAACUGUCAACCAGGAUACGUCAGUCUGUUGACAAAACAGGCUGCAAAAUCAGGAUCCUCUUCAAGGAUAGAGAGCGGAAAUGGGAAGAGAUUGAGAGCAAGCUGCAGGCGGAGCACGACUCCUUACUACAGAAGAGCUCCAACAAGGAGAUUACAAACAUUCUUCAAGACCUGAAGGGAGUGGAACGACAGCUGCUAGCCAUCGACAUGAUGGUGGAUCCGGAUGGCACCCUGGACGCCCUGACCUCUCUGGGUCUCACCAGUCCUCUGGCUGACCAGAAGCUCAGCCCUGGGACUCUGCAGGAGGCAUUGCCGUCGCACCCUGGAGCUGAAGCUUUGUCCUGCUCGCACUUAUCCUCCAUGCCUGAAGGAGUGACCUCUGAAGCCUGUGGAUCCUCAGACCCCGCUGAGGUGAUAGGGCGAGGCCCAGGGCCCCAGCAGAGCCCCAGAUCCUACAACUGACUCACUAUGGAAAUAAUUCAGAGAAAGCAUCCUUGAUUUUAGACAGUACACUGAAGUCCUUGGAGCAGAGCUUGGUGUGAGGUUAUCGUCUCGGUUACAGAUGCAGGCAGUAUGGUGAUGCUUAUCCUGUGGUAAAGAUUGACCGUCAUCUGGCUGCCAAACUUAAUCAUGUUACUGUUAAAGUCCUAAAAAGCAGCUCUUAGGAUGAUAGAUACACAGUAUGAAAACACGUCAGUAUUAAUGAGGGCUUAUGACUUAGCUAUGAUAUAACAUACAUGAUUAACCCAUCUGUGUUGUUGUGUUGCAGCUCAUCAUUAUUAUCCUUGAACUCAUUUGAAAAAAGAGCAGACGUAGAAAACGGUAAAAGAUGACAGGACGUGAUGUUAAAAUUUGACUUAGAAAAUUCCUGCUUAGAUCCAUUUUCUGCAUUUUGUUCAUAAAUCACAACAUCUCUGACUUUUGCCAAAGGUGAAAUGCAGUCAUGGCAUUUAAUUACCUUCAAAUCUUUGCGUAUGAUUCAUAUCAAAGUCGGAGUCUGUCAGUCAGCAGUACUAAGGCCAAUGCAUGGAAAGUUGCAAUGGGUUCAGCAGAGAUGUGUGUGUGAAAACUGUUUUAUCCUGCCAUAGAAUUAUUUAUUUAAAAUAUAUAUUGUUGGCCUGUUAGAAAUGCAACCCAGAAGCUGAUCCCAGUAAUGAUUUUCCAUCUAAAAAAGCUGUAGUGCUUAUUUGCUGGGAAAGAACUGGGUGUGUACAGUAUGAACCUGUGUAAAUGUUUCUUAUGGUUAAAUUAAAAACUCCCAUCCAUGCCUUUUUUAAUUUUGGUGAUGUCAUUUAAAUCAAGUGAAGACAAAGAUAAACCCUGUGUGUUAACAGACACAAAAUCAAAUGUAGCUCCCAGAAAAACAUGGUUUUCCUCUUCCAAAUGUAUUUUGUCACAAGUGCCCUGGAACAAACAAUCAUAAUAGAGGAAGAGAAGAGACGCUACAGGAGAUGUAUAUAAAGAGAGAGAGACUGGAAAAUGUUUCUUUGCACAUUUCAAAGCUAAUAUAAAGUACAUUCAUCUCCUCUCUGAGGGAAAAGGACAUGACGUGCCCCCAUGAUGCUCCUUUAUCAUGUCAGUGUCCUCGACCAAAAACAAAGCAGGGUUUAAAACCAGCCGUCUGUCCAAGUUUCUGUCUGAUCACAAACAAACUGUGGUGUUUAAACCAGCAUAGACAGGAGCUGUACCUCCAACUCCUGCAGCUGCAUUUUAACAUGAACCGAUGCAAUGGAAGGACGGACGACUGUGACGGCUAGGUUUUUCCAAUGUCUUGCCUCAUACCGAUGUUUACACAUGAAUGUAACCUGAUCAGAACUGUUGAAAACAUUUUAGCCAAAACGACUUUAAUAAUAAAGAUUAAUGACUGCAUUUUCUGCUCUGCACCUGUUGUACUUUGUCUUAAAUUCUGUUUGAGCAUUUUGGAGAAUAUUUGUUUGGAUGUUUUGUAUGAAUUUGAUUUCCUUUUUUCUUUAUAGGUUAUAUGUUGACCUUGCAAUACCUGUGUCUCA